AUGGCCCGAAAUAAACGUUACUCCUGGGUGAGCGCACGGGCAGUUCUGCGCCGUGGCGCUUCUCGAAGCUGUGUCGGCAGCGUCGGUGGCAUCUCAGCCUGGAGCGGAGCGUCGCCCUUCCAGGAUGAUGCCACGACUGAUGGAGAGAUUCCGGAUAAAUAUGCUCGGAAUCCCAGGCAUACUAGAUGGGGGUCCUUUAGGUCAGACAUUGACAGUAAGCUUGGAGCGGUCCCAUACAGGCUUGGCAGGGGCGCUGACAUAGAAGCAGCUGUCGAGUCUCUGAGCAGGGACUUGACGGCUGCAUAUGAGGAAAACUGCCCGUUACGCAAAGUACAAGGCUGGAGUCACGUCACGACAAUGCUGUCUGAUGCAGAAAGUGAAAUUGAAGAAGAAGUUUUACUUCUGUUUGCUAUUAUUGAAGACAAAGAGGAACAUGAGAGGCACCGAUCAACAGCGGAAGUGAAUUUUAUAAUUACAAGGGUUUCUUCAGUAUUGUUGGCAGUUGUUGAUGCGAAAUAUAACUUUUUGUACGUAAACAUUGGAUGUCAAGGAAGAAUAUCCGAUGGAGGGGUCUUCAACAACUGUGAAUUGAACGAAAAAAUACAAAAUAAUGCACUGAACAUUCCUGAGCCCACUGCCUUGCCACCAAGAACGGAAGAAGUUCCAUUUUACUUUGUUGGAGAUGAAGCUUUUGCUCUAUCCGAAAAUAUGAUGAAAGUAUAUUCAGGAUAUCAGAGCUCGUAG